CAGUUCUGGUUUGUCGUUCAUGUGAAGUGUGUCGUCGCGUAGGGGGCGGCGCGUUAAAGUAAAAAAGAAAAUAUUAGCCACGUUGGAAAUUAACAGAAAACCUACAGAAUUUAAGGUGUGAGUUAACUUGAAUUUUAUUUGAAACGAAAUAAUUCAAAGUCAUUGUUGAUGCCGGUUGGCCAGAAAUAUGGUACGAUGUUUAUUCCAAAAAAACCUGUUAAGUGUCAGUGCGCAUUCAAAAGCAGUUGAAUAGCUCCCACUACAAAACACGCACCAGUGCAGUCUGUAAAGCCGUCGUUGCCGGUCGAACGAAAUAGAAUUCGCGGGAUUAACGCCAUAAAUCGCUGUUAUUGCGAUUUUUUUGCGGUCAUACAUGUGCGAACGUGCUUAACAAAUUUACUUAAAUGUAGCUCGGUGUGUCUAGUAAUAUUUUUAGUGUUUGAACAAGUGAAUGCAUAUUACACACAUAAAUAAGCAUACAAAUAGUUAAAUAAGAGUGCAUCAAGGUUUUGAUUGUAAAAAGACUAAAAGCGUCGUAGAGUUUUAGUUCUUGUACAAUUAGUAGAUAGAAGAACGAACUCUUAUCUGCUAGGGAAGCUGAAGAAAUAAAACACUUCGUUAAGUUGUGCUUCAGAAAUAUUAUUUAAGAGACAAACAUUGAAAUGAAAAUAAAAUUAACACCAAACUAAUUUAUAACAGCAGAUUUAAGUAACUGCAAUACAUACAUACAUUAAAAAGUGCAAAAUAAAGUUAAAGAAAAAGUAAAAAAAUUGUGUGCUUACGCUACAAACGCAUUUGGGUGCACUACAUAGAUUACAACAAUUCACACUCUACGUGAAAAUCGUCAGCAAAGCGAUUGAUAUAAAUUACCUAAAAUGAUGUCGUUAUUCUCAAGGAAACCCACAGUCUGGAGCAAUGGUAGUCGAAGAAGCGGAUGUCGAGGUUUCAACGAUAACGGCAUAGCAUUUGUGAUAGCACUUUAUGUUGUUGUGGCAUUCGUCGGCAACGAGCUGGUGACGAGCGUUCGUGGUGAGGAGUGUGGCCAGGAGGAGUUCACAAAAUGUGCUGAGCCUCUGGAAAUGCUACAUUUAACCUCCGAGUUUUCCAUCGGCCCUGCCAAGAAGGACGAACUGGAUAAACUUUGCAAUGAACUAAAAAAAGGCGUCCGUUGCAUCCAAAGUUAUACGCGGCGCUGUAUGCCGCUACAGCAAAGAAACCAGUUCAAUAAGUUAUACCAUGGCACAAAUCAAUUCAUUCGUGACUUGUGUAUUAAAGGGGAAUUCCAGGAUGAGUAUUUGAAACAUGCGCCCUGCUCGGAAAUGGCCAAGAAAGAAUUUGAGGUGUGCGCCAAUCGUUAUAAGGAGACAAUGGUUUUCCUGAAGCCGAAUAAGAAUCAAGAAAGUCACGAGAAUAUUACUUUAAAUGAAAAUAUAAAAACAAUCUGCUGUUCAAUUAAUGAGUUAGUUGAUUGUUCAGAGGAUGCAGCGCGUAAAAUAUGUGGUCCCGAUGCAGCGAAAUUCACACGCGAACUGGUUGAUAAAUAUGCGAAUAGCUUAACUAAGCUCUACUGCGAGGACUUCACUCGACAUCCUGAAAUGUGUCACGAUGGCCUCAGUGAUGAUGGUGUGCCUCUGCAUCAGUCCCGAUUUGGUCGUUCGCCUGCGAUUAUUAUUUCAGGCAUAGCUGUAGCCUCGCUGGGAUCACAUUAUUGGAGCAGAUAGAUGAAGAGUAUGGAGACAUAAAAUUACAAAAACCUUACUUUGCUGCAAUUUGUUUCGACGCAGCCAUCAUUUACAAAAUCAUUAUUUUUUACUCGUAUUUAUUAUUAUUUUAUUUGUUUAUGUUUUGAGAGCAACGAAUUUUAGGUGAGUGCGCAUUAAUAUACAAUACUUAUGUAGGUAGAAAUUAAGGUACGAAUUUGUGAAAUAUUAUGCGCUAAAUGAUUGCAUUACUUAACGUCUGUAUUACAUUUAGAGAAAACAUUUUGAAUUAUAUUAAUAAUAAAGCAUAAUGAAGUUAAUAUUAUAGUUAGUAGGUCAUUAACAGAGAAGGUAGUUUAGUGAAAAUUUAAACUGUGUUGCUAUUACGAAAAUUUAAGGGUGCAAUUCAGCUCAACACACAAAAUUAUCUCAACACAAAUAUUUAGAAUUAAAAACAAAAGACCGAAAAUUAAUAUACACACACACACACACAUAUAUAAAAGUAUUUGAAAUGCUAGAUUUAGUGUAAGAGCAUGCGUAGAAUACAUUGAA